AUGAACUACGGCAACAACAACAACAACAACGACAACAACGAAAUGGACCCCAACCUCCAUGCUAACUACCCCCUCUUGGCUCUAAACACCACAACCGAGACCCCCGAGUUUGACUACUCGGCCUUUUACACCCAACAGCCCCAUCAUUCUCACGAGGAUAUCGACUACCUUGCUGAGGAGAGCUCAGCAUCUGCAUCCACCUCUGGCAAUUUUGUUUCCUCAGCAUCAGAUGCCACCCUCCAGAACCUCAACCCCGUCCCUCCCCCGUCCCUGUUGACGGUCCCAGCCCUGACAAGCACCAACACCGCUCUCGCUCUUCACAACGCCCACAGUCCAGGGAGCUAUGGACAACCCUACCCCCAAAACCAACUCCAACUCCCCAGCUUUGACCCCUCUGCCGUGUCAGGAACAGGUUAUAACGACGGUAGCAGCGGCGGCGGCAGCCCCGCCCCUUCUUCCGGCCACGGCGGCGGCGGUAGCGGAGGGGGAGGAAGCGGGAGCAACAGCGGCAGCCUAACCGCGGCGGGAAAACAGCGGUUAGAAAGAAGGGGCCACACAAAAAGCCGAAGGGGUUGUUUCAACUGCAAACGUCGACGCAUAAAGUGUCAAGAAACCCGCCCCUCCUGCGGCCACUGCCUCAAAACCGGCCUCACCUGCGAGUACCCCUCCCUGCCAACCAUAACCCACCAGCCAACCAACACCCUCCCUCUAUUCUCCCUCCUCGACCUCCGCCUCUACCACCACUUCCUCUCCACCUGCUACCCCCACCACCCCAUCGGUUCAGAGCCUUUAUGGCUGCACACAGUCCCUCACCUAUCCCAAUCCCACCCCUACCUCAUGCACGCCAUACUGGGGUAUUCGGCCUCCCACCUCCUCCAGUCCGACCCCUCCCUCACCCUGACGCCGGCGAUGACCCACCGUCUCAAAGCCAUCAAAUCCAUCAAGAAGGCUCUCUCCUCCCUACCGUCUUCCUCCUCCUCCCCGAAUUUGGCAUCGGAAGGCAACGCCCUCAUGGCCACCUGCUUCACGCUAACCUACCAGUCCACCCUUUUGGACGACGGAAUGCCAGAGUACAUGACCUUCAUCCGGGGCAUCGUCAUCAUCUCCAUCUCCAUGCUCGCGCGGCAGACAAGACUGAUGUUUGACAACCUCAUCCGGCCGGAGCAUAACAAGUCGGUCUUGGAAGCGCACAUGAGGAGCCUGCCGCUGGUGAGAAGGGAGUGGGUUGAUGCUGCGGGGGGGAGUCUCCGGAAACUGGAAAAGGUCCUGCCCAAGGCAGGGGUUCGGAAGAGGUAA